AUGGGCAAAAAAAGCAUACACAACCUUUUGAACCUCGAGGUCUACCUAGCAGCUUACCCACUGCACGACGGACCUUUUGGGAAAGGGCGUUACAACAAGGCCCUGGAGACCUACUCGGAGCGCAGGGUCCUGUACGCGGAGUGGGGAAGAGCCCGCUGCUGGUACAAAGAGCAACCUCUCUUUCUCAUCAGGCGCUACUUUGGCGAGAAGGUUGGCCUGUACUUCGCCUGGGUCGGCUUCUACACCACCAUGCUGAUCUUGCCAGCCUUCGUCGGGAUCUUCACGUCACUCUACGGACUCGCGUACAUGCUCACCAAUAAGCCCACGGAGGAGGCGUGCGACCCCAACACCUUCGGGAACUUCACGCUGUGUCCGAGCUGCAUGAAGCUGUGUCCCUACGACAUGCUCAAGAACAAGUGCACCAUCACGAGGAUUGUUUCAAUAUUUGACAACUCGGGCACAGUCGGAUUCUCGGUAUUUAUGUCGCUAUGGGCCACCAUAUUCAUCGAGUUCUGGAAGCGCCAACAGGUAGUCCUCGCCUGGGAGUGGAAUCUGAGCAACGUCGACACCCUCACGGAAGUGGUGAAUCCGGAAUACGAAGCCAAGGCACGCGUCUACAAGCUGAAUCCCGUCACCCUCAGGUACGAGCCCCAUGUGCCCUUCUGGGAGAGGAUCGGACGGGUCGCCGCUGCCAAUGUCAUCCUCUUGUUCAUGCUCAUACUGGUGCUGUGUACGGUGAUGGGGGUGAUCGGAUACCGCAUAUUCAUGGUGACCUUCCUGUCGAGCAAGGUCACCAGGCUCACAGCGACAAUCGGCACCACCGUCAGCGCGUCCACGAUCAACUUGGCGGUCAUCCUGUGCAUGAACAGGGUGUACGGCUGGGUCGCCACUCGGUUGACAGAUCUGGAACGGCCUCGGACACAGCGCGAUUACGAGUACAGCUUCGCAUUCAAGAUGUUCCUCUUCACCUUCCUCAACAACUACUCGUCCCUCAUUUACAUCGCCUUCUUCAAAGGAAGGUCAGAGAACGUCGAAUCACCGCCAUUCAACAAUGCUUCGUUUUCAGGCGAUCCGGGACGCGAGGUGCAUUGGCGAGGCUACACGCUGGAUAAGUGCGAAGGCGGCUGCCUAUACGAAGUCUUCGUCCAGCUCGCCACCGUCAUGUUGGGUCAGCAAGCCAUCAGGACCGGGAACAGCGUUGUGCUUCCCAUCGUGAGGGCGUGGUGGCGGCAGCGUCGCAGGCGACUCGGCAAGGAAAUCGUCGAGCAGAAAGCCAAGCUCGCGCGUUGGGAGGAGGACUACAACCUCGACGAGUGCCCCAAGCUUGCACCCUUCGACGAGUACCUCCAAAUGACGAUCCAGUUCGGCUUCGUCACGCUGUUCGUGGCCGCGUUUCCCCUGGCACCCCUGUUCGCGCUCAUUAACAACGUCUGCGAAAUCAGGCUCGACGCGUACCGGUACAGCAAGCGGCUACGACGUCCUGUCGCCGAGAGGGCACCAAAUAUCGGCGCAUGGCAAGCCAUUCUGAGGCUUCUUGCACGCUGCGCCGUGAUUUGCAACGCUUUCCUGAUCGCCUUCACGAGCGAGUUCAUCCCGCGACUGGUGUAUCAGGUGCGCCACAGCAAGGGGCUCAGCCUGAGCGGCUACGUCAACUUCACGCUGGCCACGUUCGACACCAGCGACUACGACGAAGCCCACCGGCCGGAGAACGGCACGCUCGACGGGUCCAUCGUGCGGGAGUGCAGGUACGCGGGAUUUCGCGAGCCUCCGGGCACUGAGAACGAGUACCGGUUGUCCGGCACCUUCUGGGUCAUCACCACAGCUCAACUAUGCUUUGUCAUCAUCUUCGAGCACGUGGUGUUCUUCAUCACUGGCGUCGUGGCCGGCAUGAUUCCUGCCAUGCCGAAGUCGGUGGCCCAGCGAAUGAAGCGAGAGCAGAUCGUCGUGCAGGACCUCAUCGCCAAGCUACAAGACACCGACAUGGCCGCCGCCACUGCAGCUGCCAAUAGGGCACGCUUUAUGUCCAUAUCGCAAUAGUAGCGUCUUAUAUUGCGUGUCACGGAGCAAGCCAUUUCACCGACUCCUUUUCUUUUUUUCUUUUUGAUCCGUUAUCAUGUGUCGCAGUGAUUAGCCACUAAUUCGAGACAAUGACCUCGCAUGAUUAUUGUAUGAAAACUUUGCUUUCCUUCUUUUCUUUAGAAUGUCAUCGCGCAAACGUUUCCCUACGAACCUGGUGUGCGUUAAAUAGAUUGUGUUCUUUGUUAGUCAGUGUACUUCUCAUGAGCUGGCAAGAUAGCAAGGAAUUGUUACAUCAAGAAGUUGGCGUGUUUGCCUCUUUCCAGAUGCGAUAUAGCACCGUUUUGUUAGCGCAUGAAUGCACGUAUAUGAAGCAUUUUUAGUUUCUUGGCUGGCCACACAGUGAUCCCGCAGCAGCUUGUCUGUGAAAAGUUCUGUGAAAGCACCUACUAUAGCAGUUUCACUAGAUGUUAGCGAAUGGCUCAGCAUUUGUCAGCUGGUGAAUGUGCAAGAUUAUUGCAGAGCCGAUAAGUGUCACCUGUCGGAACCUCUGUGGUUCACGCCGGAAGAAGACUGACUGCACAAUCGAACUCACUAGACCACAGUCCCACGGUGUUAAACCGCUGCCGCUAUCAAGCCACGUGACUGAAUGUGCAGCCAAGUGUAUGCCGGCACAAUUUGUUUUCCUGCUAGCCAUCGAAGAACAAAGAUGUCGAAAGCUAAUCGUGCUUAAAUAUAUAUCGUAUCUGACGUAUUUCCUUGGCAGCCACAUUUAUUAUUCCAAGUGCAUCAAAAUGGGCUGUCCUAUUCCACCGUCCCUGAAGAAACCUUGAUGUUGAUUUAAGCUUUAUAAGUGAUACGCCCCACACCGUUUUUAUAUGCUCCG